AUGAUUCUGGGAAAGCAACUAGUCGCUGGGCGGCGCGGGCCGUUUGCCUCAGCGUACGUUCCAUUUUACGGCCCCGACAGCUCGCGUGUAACGAACUCAGGGGUGAAGGAUACGCUUGUACGGACAGCUCAUUGCUAUCACGGAUUCACGGAUUCACGGAUUGAUACACGGGAUCGAGGCUUUUGCCCAAGUUUCCCGGGUCGGUUUUGUUCUUGUCGUGGAUGGAUAAGCAGUGCGGAUAAAUGGUGGCAGGUUGAUCAGGUGGCAAUAAGAGUUCCUUUGAGACAUAGCGUCCACCGUGUGCUGACGUUUUAUUUCAUCUGCUACUGGGCCGGAAAUCUUGAACAACAAACUUGGAUUCGAAACUUCUGA